UAUGCAAUUUGAGGAAAUCGAGGCUAUCUACGGCCGAAAAUAUAACGGAAUCUCACUAUAACAGCGGAUGGUAGGGGAGUUUCAGGAUGGUACACGUAGUGAACUUGAAGCUCUAUAAAAUACGGAUCCAACCUUCUUAUUAAUAUGUAAGAUCUGUAGAUCCUGGUAUACAAAACAGCAUACGACAGAUAUAAUAAACUGUGUGCGUUCUGGUAUAUCAUCCAAUACAUACAUCAUAGCUACGAUUCGAAAUAAGGAUACCAAUCAUAUACAACAUACAUCCACUCUUCUAUUAAAGACGUAUUUUCUCAAGGAAUAGUUGUGAAGCCAAGUCAAGAAACGCUGAGGAAAAUUGUUGAAAAAUAACAAAGAAAUUUUACGUGAUCAGUUAUCAUUCAUCAUAUUUAAAUUGAAGAAAAUGAAUAGCUCCGAUGACGUUAAUGACCGUAUGAAGUUUGGGAUACUGGUAUACAUAAUGCUUCUUUGCGGAACUCUAGUGAAAAGCACAUUGGAUAAUUGUUCCGACCCUAGCCUGCUUGCUAUCAUAGGAGAGAUUCCACAUAUGUUAACCUACAUCCAAGGCUGUAUCACAGAGGUAUUUGCCGGUUAUCUUGAGCAAACUGCUGACGGGAAAUCCUACAGAUGCAUAUUUCUCGCUGCUGCUGAAAGAGACUUGUUGUCACUCAUUGGCAAAUGUGAUGCCUUUCAUUUGUUUGACUGCAUUCGAUAUAAAUCCGCAUGGGAAAAGUUUUGGCAUGAGAAUCGAAAUAUCUUAGAUACCAGGGAAUUAAAAAUCGGAAUUCGUACAGAGUUGUAUGAGGAUCUUGCAAAGGGUUUGAAGCAACGGAGAGAUGGUAUGAUGAUUUUGUUAAGAAAAAUUAAUUGGUUCAAAGAAAGAGACUUUCAGGAAGUGUGGAUCCGUGAAGGACAUUGUCCAGUGUACAUAUCGGAGGCGCUCCAGAUGGACACAGAAAAAUGUCAACAUCAGUGUCCAGAGAUCGAUAGAUCUUACAAAUCCUUCGACGUGUAUAAAUAUUCGAGAUGCUAUACAAACCAACAACCACAUUCCAGUUCGACAGCUGCUGUGACCAAUAUAACUGAUGAUCCAGGUCCCUUACCACCAGGUGGUUCCUCGUUCAAUGUGGCUGCUGUGGUUGUACCCGUGUUGUUAGUUGUCAUCGCCGCCGUGGUGUUUGUUGUUCUCAUUUGCAGACGUUAUAAAGAUCUGGCGCAAUGUCCAUACCGCUAUGAUCGUACGACCGACAACAGCAAAAGAAAAAAGAACGAUUCGAGGAUGCCCAGGAGAAUGCUCUCUUGUUUCCAUUCCGUAUCAAGGAAUGAAUGUAAUUUAGAAAACGCACCACUUAAUCAAGGGGCUGACGGGAAUAGCCGACAAACAGAAUGUCAUAUUGAAGAAGAAGCACAGAAAAAAGAGUCUGAAUGUUCAAGUCGUGAAAAACGUUCACAGCAUGGUAAUGAUAAUUCUGCCAGCACCAAGAGAAAAAAGGACAAUUCGGGGAUACUCAGGAGAAUAUUAUCUUGUACCUGUAAUGCAGAGAACCCACUAGACAAGGAAGAGGUUGAUGUGAAUGCAAACCCACCAGAUCUUGAAGAAGAAGCACACGAGGAGAAAUCAGAAUAUUUGAGUCGUGAAGAAUUUUUGCAGCAUGAGAGCAUCAAUAUUGAAAAUCUCGCUGAGGAUACUACUCUAGUCCUACGAUUAGCAAAUAAUCUGCAAAAAGAUCGCACACUAGCUCUAAUCGGUGAAUGGGGUAGUGGGAAAAGAACAUUGGCUGUACAGAUAGCCCUUCAAGUAGAAAAAAUAGAAAAGAAAACGUUCAAUUUUAAGGUUUUGCAAGAAUUUCAGGAUGAUACACGUAGUAAAAUCGAAGCUUUAAAAUCAACGGAUCCAACCAUCUUAUUAAUACCUGAUCUCUGUAGAUCCUGGCAUACUGAACAUCAUAUGGCAGAUAUAAUAAACUGUGUGCGUUCUGGUCUUUCAUCCAAUACUUACAUCAUUGCUACAAUUCGAAAUGCUGUAUACCAAUCAUGUACAGAAUACAUCCGUUCUUCUAUUGAUGACUUAUUUACUCGAAGAAUGCUUAUCAAGCCAAGUCACAGAAUGUUAAGCAAAAUUCUUGACAAAUAUAAUGUUCAUUCUACAAAUCCUUCUCGAGAUUAUAUAUUAAAACUGAAUUCUGUCAUUGGUACACCUCUUAUAGUGACUUUGUGCGUGAAAAAUCCUGAUUACAAAAGUUCGAGCUUUUUAGAUGAUCCAUUAUCAUUCAUCACAUCCAAAUUGAAGAAAAUGAAUAGCUCCGAUGAUGCUAAUGACCGUCUGAAAUUUGGGAUACUGGUAUAUAUAGUGCAAGAGGGGGAAACUGUAGAAAAAAACACAUUGGAGAAUUGUUCCGACCCUAGUAUGUUUGCUUUCACAGGAAAAAACUCAAAUAUGUUUACUACAUGUAACAUCCACGGCUGUAUCACAGAGUUGUUGGAUGACUAUCUUGAAGAAACUAUUGACGGGAAAUCCUACAGAAUAGUGCAUGAAGUCAUCACGAGAUGCAUAUUUCUCACGGCUGCCGAAAUGGAUUUCCCUUCACUUAUUGGCAAAUGUGAUGAUUUUCUUUUGUUUGACUGUAUUCGACUUCAAUCUCCAAUGGAAAGGGAGUUUUUUAAGAAGAAAUUUAUCUUAGAUACUAGGGAAUUGAAGGUCGGAAUUCCUACAGAAUCAUAUCAGGAUCUUGCAAAAGCUUUGAGGCAACGGAAUGAUGAUGUGAUGAGUUUGGUAAGAAAGGUUAAUUGGUUUGAAAAAGAGCGCUUUAAGAAAGUGUUGAGUAGUGUCGAAAGGGUUUAAGAUAUACGACAUACGUAUGUACUGUACUAUAAUGCAGAAAUGAAUUGUAUAUUUUAUCAUUUGAUUAUGGUUAUCACAAAGAUGCGCUUUCUCCCAGUGUCAAACUGCAAACUCCUAGGCACCUGAUCCCACCUCUGGUGUGUCCAGGGGUCCGUGUUUGCCCAACUAUCUAUUUUGUAUUGCUUGUAGGAGUUAUGAGAUUGAUCACUGUUCGUUAUCUUCACCUUGCAUAAAGGAUCAUCAGAAAGAACUGAAAUCAUAUUAUGUUUUGUAAUACGUUGUAAAUCAUAAAUGUGUUCUGCAUUAAUGAUACAUGUUAGUAUGUGAUGGAAGAACUAAUUUGUUAGCAUUUUAUAUCUGAACUUAUAUUUCGUAUUUGUGACAUGUUUAUACAAUUGUUUAAUUUUUAAAAUAGCAGCUUUCGUUAAAUACUGGAAAGUAAAAUACCUGAUUAUCUAGAUAUUGCAAAAUCUAUUAACGCUGAAAUCUUCAUCUGUUAACCGUGUAUCACUAUUAAACUUUUGGGGCAUAUAUUUUGUAUCGUCUAUCCGUUGGUCUGUCCAGGAGCAACAAAACAUUUUUUUAAUGAUUAUUACCCUUAGAGUACAUACAUAUGUACUUAGAAGGUAUGAGAUUGAUUACUGUUCAUUAUAUUCACCUUUCAUGAUAUGUAUUGGCGUGCGUCUAAUAGGACUUUUGUAACACAGACUGUGAAAUACUUGGGGAGUUUUGUUAUCACAUUUUGUAUUUGCAUUAAGUAAAACACAUGUGUCUCUUGAUGAGCUGGAAAAAACUACAAACAUUAAAUUUAUUCGAUGUGCAACUAUAUACAAAUUCUGCGUAGGUUUCUAAUAACAGCAUAGGAAUCAAAUUCAUAACUCAAAGAAAUAGAGAACUUGAAUGUAAUGCGUGUUAUAGAUUGGAAUAAAUGUAUGCAGUUCAGUCAUUGAGUUAUGUAUAUGAUCACAAAACAGUUAAAUAUUACGAUUAUCGAAUACCAUCACCUUAUCGGCCUCGGAAAUUAGUUGUAAUAUUUGUACUAUUCUGAUUACACAAUUACCCAUUGUUUGUAUGUUGCUUUACACCUCAUUUGAGAAUCUUUUUUGUGUAGAGACGCCAGCAGUUUUACGUUAAGUACCCCAUACCCGUAAUCAUGCAGUCAGAGAUAACUUUUUCCUCGCUAAAGUCGGUAAACCUCUUCUAAUGAGAGUUGAAAGUUAUUACAAACAAUAAUUUGUGCACAUGUGUGGGAGAAAGUGAGAUUCAAUCAUGCUUGAAUACUACCGCAAUCACCGGUCGCUAUGUUCAAAAUUUAACUUCCGUUUUCAAAAGCUUGUUCGCAUUAUCAAAUGGAACGAUAGAAAAUUUAAUAAAAUUCAUAAAAUGUAA